CCAGCGCAAGAAAUUCUGGAGGCAUCUUUCUCUCUCUUCCUUCUCUGCUUUGCUUUACCAUAUCGCAGAAGAGAGAGAAAGUAGCCAUUGUCAAGUUUUCUGUCUAACCGGUAGUUUUGCUCGCGCGAUACGUUUAAUUAUUGAAGCCUGAUUGGUUUUCCCUUGGAUUGGAGCUCGUUCGAAUUGCAGUUUUGAUUCGGUUCUCCUGAGUUGCUGCUUUCGGUUUCAUGAAGAUGCUGGUGGCUAACAGUUUUGAUCUAUGGCAAAAGGAUGCUUUCUUUUCUGCAGCUGAGGAGGUGCAGGAAUCAGCUGACACAAUGGAAUCUAAAUACAGGGCAUGGAUAAGAGAGAGGAGAGCAAUGUCAACUCCCCAGGUGUUAGACGAACUACGCAGGGAGUUGCAAACUGCUUUAGGUACUGCAAAAUGGCAGUUGGAAGAAUUUGAGAAAGCUGUCAGGCUAAGCUAUAGACAUCUUGGUGAUGACAAUACGAACAGUAGACAUCAGCAAUUUAUUUCUGCCAUAGAGAACCAAAUUUCCCAUGUUGAAGCAGCAUUGAGGGAAUCUUAUAUUGAGGAAGGUAGGCAACCUCUUGGCUGGGUUAAUCUGGACGAUGCGGAGCGAGAUGAUCUAGCUGCAUUUCUAUCUGGAACCUCUCAGACUGUAAGAAGUGCCAAGGUUGAACUAGAGAAUCAGGUCAACGGAAAAGAUAGCAAAUGUAAUGUUAAUGAUGACUGCAAUGGGAUUAUUUCUGCUGAUCAUACAGAUUCAAAGGGUAUCAUUGCCAGUGACAAGGAAGAAAAUUACGUAAUAGACAUAAAAGCAGAUGCAGUUUCUGGAAGUACUGAUGAUAUAGUUUCUCAAACAGAUAGAACCCCUUGCUCAAGGAAAACAUGGAGUUCAUCUAAUUAUGGGGCUUUAAGAGUUGUAAUUGCCGAUGAAGACGAACAGAGAAAUGAAUUCAGGCAGGCUGUUGAUGCCACCCCUAAAGAAAAAGGAUCAAAACCCAUAUUUUGGAGACAAACAUGGGAAGAAUAUCCUCGUUCCAUUCAAGCAGUUCAUAUAUUCAAUCAGCUUUUGAGUCGGACUGGUUGGUUAUUGAGACAAUUUCGCAGCCCCCUACACUUGCGACAUAGUUGUUCAGUUCAAGUUAAACUUGCUCUGAUGCUGACCGUAUUUCUCAUUGUGCUUUUCUUGGCCUUGUGACUGAUAGAAUUGAGGUCAUUGGUCGAAUGUUCAUCUGAUUGUAUUGGCUUGGCCUCUCAAGGGGGGAAAAGUAGGAAAAGUGCUGAUGAAGAAGAUAGUUUCUUAAGAUUAAAGAAGUUUUAUCCAGUAAUAGGAUUUGACCAGGAGGCAAGAACGGGUUUCGUUUUUCUUUCCUGGGGCCACGAAUUGUAAAUGCUUUCACUUAUCAUUUAAUGCAAGUUUUGCUAUAUUUGGUGGUGAGAUACUCCUGUUUGGAUGCAACUUUUUUAUUUAAAAAAAGAGCCAAAAAAAAUUCAUGUGCC